AUGCAACCUUUUAGAAUGAUGCACUCUAAUGCCCGUCCCCACCUCAUCAAACCGCAAUCCACCCGAUCUGGGCCUUCCAAUUGUGCAAAACAAGUCAUUAUUGGUCUGUAUGGCCUCCCUGGCGCCGGGAAGAUCUUUUGGCUGGGCAAUCUCCAGACAGCACUGGGCAACGAUGACUUUAGGUUCUACGAUGGCAGUGAUGCCAUCGCGGCGGUAACUCCCGGGGGCGAUGAGAUAUUGACCAAUAUCAAUCGUCUGGAAACUGUCAUUAUGAAGAUAGGAGUGCUCAUCUGGGAGCAUGUCCGCGCUGCCUCAGACGAGGGGGUGUGUAGCAGCCCUCUGAAGAUUUUGUUUAGCAGUCCCCUGGGAUAUUCGUAUACUGCUUUCCGCGAGGUAAAACUGUUGUAUGAAGAGGCACUUGGGGAUGUGGAAUUUGAGGCUUGCUGCCAGACUGUAGCAUCAUUGAUACACAUUCAUAGUGAUAUUAAGCAGCUCUUGCAGGUGGUUGGCAGCACCAGCUAUGUCCAGGCAGUCGCCGUUACCUGCGGAAUCCGAUCUGCUCGGGAGAAGGUCCUUGAAAGAGAGGGUCUUUCGCUAACAGUCAAAGUAAUUGGUGAUGGCUGGCUGCGCAACGGCCUUCUUGUGACGCACUCUCUCAAGGCUGAAUUGGUCAGUCACCUGUAUACUGUUCAGGGGCUUCAUAUCAUUGCAUUUGGGGAUAGUUCCCUCGAUCUGGAGAUGCUGAAAGAGGCACAUGAUGCUAUCGUCGUCACCGGGGAAGAGAUGACACGAAGCAAGAGUAUGGAAAAAGCGUUGGUAGAGGCUAUUGGAAAGAAUGGGUUCCAGCCGCGUCAGGCGGUCCUACCGCAACACGUAACACCACGUCUCGAUACCAUUCGGCUGCCCUCUGUGCGGUUGAUAGAUCAGCAUUUCAUUGAUUCAGUCCUCGCAAGAUACAAACGUCCGUAUGUCUAUAACCCCGCUGGACGUUUGGCCAAGCUGCUCAUGACACCAAUGCGCAAUGCAUCUAUUUCAGGACCUGCCUUACGAGAGGUUCAUCGGAGACUCGGAUACUAUUUGGCGGCAGAAUUCUGUACCCACAUCAUUGGCCUUGAAGUUUACCCCAUUCCGCAUGUUCAAGGUUUUCUGACUGAUGGUUAUCGACUCGUGAAUGAGGAAGAAACAUUGAUUGUGCCGCUCAUGCGUGGUGGGGAGGCAAUGGCCUUCGGGGUCAAUCAGGCCUUCCCGCUCUGCGUGUUUCACCACGCGAAGGUUCCCAAUGGCCUCCAUCAAGACCACCUGAGGAAUAUGGUCACAAUCAUACUGGUUGACUUUGUGGUGAAUACUGGCAAAUCAGUACUGGAAUUGAUACGACAUAUCCGAAGUCUCCAUGCGACCAUUCCCAUUGUGGUGGUUGCUGGGGUGAUAGCGGAUUCCACGAGUAGAAUUGCUUGGUCCCUCGGUUGA